CUCCACCCUCAUCGAGCUCGAAGCAUUAUUAUCUACUCACCGCUCUUCUCAUCUCUCUCUCUCUCUCUCUCUCUCUCUGUGCUUCUCCCUCUUCUUCACCAUCUUUCAUGUCCCAUUCUCUGUCCGUCGCUCUUCGAUCAUCAUGGCCUUUCCGUUCGAUGGAUUCUCCAUUAGAGAGUAUACCUUCAAGAUGAGGUCCGUUGACGUGUUGAAAUGCUGGCCUUUUAGUAUAACUAGCUCCGGUGACGUAUCUAAGGAAGAUUUGAAGUCCUGUCUUCCUCCCAUGACAGUUCCCAAGUUCCGGCGGCGGUCCGACGAGCUAGAUGCCGUGAGAUCCGAUCACGAUGAUCGCGGAAUAUCUGAGAAACAACUGCCGGAUGGUGAAAUUUCCAUAAGCGAAAGUGAAUCGCUGAAAUCGGAGAAGUCUGUUGGCGCAGAGGAGGAGAGAUUGGACAUGGUUUGUCCGGUUUGCCGAGUUUUCAACGCAGCGACACUCACGGCGGUGAAUGCUCACAUCGACGGAUGUCUUGCACAGGCGAUGAGGGAGGAGCGGCGGCAGAUGAAAAUAAUGAGUUUGAAGCCCAAAUCGAAGGCGCCAAAGAAGAAGAGGUCCAUCGCGGAGAUCUUUGAGAUGGAGGUGGAACAGCCGCGGAUAGAAACUCUGUUCAAAAUCUGGCCGUUCAGCAGGAAUCCAGAUGAGGUAUCAAUAAAGGUUACCAAGUUCCGGUGGUGGUCACGGCAGCUUGAAGCGCUGAGGUCUAAUCAGUCGGAAGGUGAAAGUUCUAGAAAUGAAAAAAACGAAAUGGCAAAAUCUGAUGAGGAACGUGGGAGGGAGGAAGAGAAAUUGGAGAUGGUUUGUCCUGUUUGUCGAGCUUUCAAUGCGGCAACGGUGACAGCAGUUAACGCGCACAUCGACGGUUGUCUUGCGCAAGCGAUGAGGGAAGAACGACGGCACAUGAGGAUGAAUUUUAAGCCAUCAAAACCCAAGGCGGCGAAGAAGCGGUCAAUUGCUGAGAUUCUCACGGUGGCGCCUCAGAUAAAAGCCAAGAGUAAUGAGUUGAUUGAGAUUGACAAAAAGGAGGAGGAAGAGAGAUCUGAUGUUGGUGAUGAUUCAAGUAGGCCUGCUGCUGCUUCUGCUUCUGCUGUCUUUGCGACAACUCAUAGCAAGAGGAAUAAAAACAAGAAAAAGAAAAAGAUGGAAAGAAGAUGGAAAAAGAAGCUGAGGAAAAGGAAGGUGGAAAAGCAUAGUGGUGGUACCGUAACUCCGAACAAUGAUAAGGAGACUGUGAAUCAGAAUAAAAAUAAAAAGAAGCAGCAAUUCCACAACGGGUUAAAUGCAAAGAAGGAAGAUGCUUAUAAGCGAAAAGUGAAAACCCCAGCCAAGAGUGCCAGAAAACAGAAAGGUAUGGUUGGUGAUAAAAGAGCUGCACUUGAUGACAUCAUUGCAUCUGUACAUACAAAGAAAGCAAGUCUGAAGCAUGCAUCUGUUGUAAAGAAGCAAGUAGCAGUGCCUCCCCAACAAGUUAUUCUUGAAAAUUACUCAACACACAUUUUUGGAAAGGCAUCAAGUGGCUGCAAUGUUCAGGAUGAUAUUGAAGACAAACCUUGCGAUGUCCAAGAGCAAAUAUCAGCCAGGCAUGUGACGUUCUCUAAUAAAGAUAACAUGCUUGAUUCGAAAAAAAGAAGCUCGUCGGAUGAAAGGAUGUUUUCGCCAGACGGACAUGCUGCUUCAUCAGUAAAGGAGCAAUCAUCAACAAGUGAUGAAGAUACAAGUUUGGAGGUAAACGGAAAAGAUGACAACCUGGCCUUUAAUAUGGACGGGGGAAAAGAGGUUUGUUCUAUUGUUGAAAGUAAACAGUUUUCUACUUCUCCUGAACUAGUUUUUCCAAAAAAUAUUUUGAGGUCAUGUGCUGAUUCAGAGAAGAAAAAGCAUUUGGUAGAGAAGACUGAAUCAUCGAGAGAGGUGGUACCUGAUGAUGAUAAUUUACACCUGUUUGAUAGAGGCUACACAACUGCAGUACACUGUUCUGCACAAUCUUCAAUUUCCGGAUCUCUUUCUGCACAUCAGGCUGGGAACAUUUCUGGUACAAAUACUAGUGCGGGUGACUCUGGAGCUUACAGCUCCCCUGGAAAAUCCAUGGAUCAUCAUGGGAAUUCAACUCAUCAGGUUUCUGCAACGAACUCUGAUGCAAGCACAAGGACAUUUAUGCAGCCUUCUUUAUUGUGUUACACUCAAUAUAGUCAAGGCAGUGAAAAUUCUCUCUUUCCAUCACAAACAUAUGGAGAUCAUAGCCAAACUUUGAGCAAUAGACCUUUGUCUCGCAUGUUUUCAGCAAAUAGCUGCAAGGAUGAGAACAUCAGUUUGCCACUCAAUUCUCAAGGUGAGCCAAUUAAUUUCAGUCCGCAGUGCGCAAAAAGAAAAAGGGGGAUCAACCAGUCAGAGAUCUCAAGCAUGUUAAGAAGUUCUCCCAGCAGAUUUCUCUUUGACAACAUUGCCUAUGGAAGUAGCCAUGAAUAUUUAAGCAUUAAUGAGAGUCAGAUUGUUCAGAAGACACUGUCACAAGAUAGUGUAAACAAAUUUCCUCAUUACCCAGCCAGGUUAGGUGUGACAGAAUUGCAAUGUAGUGGGAGAGCAGAUAUACACCAGUUCAGUACUUAUGGAAGUCCCAAUCAGUUUGUCUUCCCACUUGAUUCGGAGUUGAACCCCAUAAAAUACCCUUUCGUUGAACAGAAUCAACAUGACCAGGCGCAGAACCAUAAGCGAAAUGAGAUGAUUCCUCUGAAAAAUGGUUCAGAUCUUAGUUCACAAAGUUCCACCCAACCAACAAUGCGAUUGAUGGGGAAAGACGUUCCCAUUGGUAGAAGAAUCAAAGAGGAGGUACACGUACACAAAUUUGAGGAAGAUGUAUGGGCUGAGCAGCAAUCCAGAAGAAGGCAUUCUUCUACAGAUUCUGCAUUAGAAAAUUCCCUUUUGGAGACAUGUUCUAAGCACGAUUACUUAUCUGGUUCACCAUUACAAAUAUCGUCUGAGAACAUAGCACAGUCAGUGAAAAUUCAAAGCAGACAGGCAUUGGAAAGCAGCGCAUUGAUGAAUGAUCCAGAGUUUGAAUUUCCUCAGCCGUUUCUUGAUUUACAAACUAAUCAUGUACCCCAAACUGGAAGCCAAGGAUUCAGAAAAACUGCUUAUUCGCACACUCUAAGUCAUGCUCAUACUUCACGUGCAGCAUUUAAUAGGGCACCUCAAGACUCGCCAGAGCAGUCUGUAUCUGGACUUGAAUUCCAAGGACUUGGCUCUCACUUACAGGCACGACUUGCUACAUGCAAUUAUAGCCAGCAUGCUUGUCAAAGCUGUGGUGACCUCUAUGACAGGAAGAAAUUCCCUCUUGUAACAAAACCUGCUCUCGAAUUUCCGUUGGUGCAGCCAGCUUUUGGAGAACAUGCCCAAACAUCCUGGUUUCAGAGCUCCAAUAGAAGCUCACCACCAUGGCUGUUCACACAUGAAAGGCUGCCGUGGACCUCAUCUCAUACCGAAUGGGGAGGUAGGUUCCCUACACCUGUAAAUCACUUCUCAGUUCCAAGUUGUUCACCGGUAAAUUACUGUCACAUGGAGACACCCAUUAGUCCAGCUUCAGCUGUUCAACAUCCCCCUCUUCCUCGAACGCCUGCCAUUAAACCUUCCUCAACUAUACGUACUGGUUGUAGAAACAAAACUAUGGUCAAUGACAGAGUAAUUUUAGAAGCCAGGACAACAAAUGACCAUCAUUCGUGUAACAAUGCUAGGAAGAGGCCUGCAGCUCAUCUCCAGGGAUCUACAAAACUGAUGAAAUUUAAUAAUGUAGAAGUGCAAGAGAAUUUAAAUGGUGUGCCUGGUUCGAUUCAAGAGAGCUCAAGCUGUGAAUUUCGAAGGACCACAAGAACUGCUGAAGUUGAUCCACAAGGGGAUGGUAUAAGAAGUAAAUUCUGUUGCCUCAAUGAAGCUCAAAAUGUAAUGUCGAAAAGUUAUCUGAGCUUGGAAAUCUCAGGUCCUGGGAGACCAAGUCCAGUUACCAGGCAUAUCCUUAAACCAUCUCCAAAUCAGGAUCAAUCAAGGCCGAACAGUCCUGCCAUUCCCGUUGCUGCUACUACUGACAAUGAUAAGGAUCUAGAUUUUCGGAGAACAUUGACGAAAAUAUACGAAUUUUAGGUGGAAAUCAUCAUAUCAUACAUAUAUAUAUUUAUACAUAUAUAACUUCAGUUUUG